AUGACAAAGAUUUAUGCCGUAAUAGCAUUGCACUGCAUUCCGAACGAAUUUCGAGAAAUCGGUACUAAAGUAGUGCUAUGCGAUGGAAAUGGUCUUGAUAACCAUUGUCACAUCCAUGGAAUAAACACGAAAUCAAACUACGUAGUUUUCAAGAAAGAUGAAGGAGAGUUUAGCAAUGUUCCACAUAUUGUAUAUCCUAUGUUGUCGGACCAAUAUAUUGCGGUGGGAUUUUCUUUUGAAGAGAAGACACAUUCUGUUUGUAUCGGAAAUAUCCGUUCAUUUUCGAAUGGCGGUGAAGGAAUGUUCUACGGGGAUUCGGGUGAACUCACUGGAUUUAAAGGAGGUGGUGUCUUCUACAUGAAAAGUGGUGCUUUAAUGGGUAUAGCCCGUGGAAGAGACUUGGACGGCAGAGAUACACAACGUUACAGGGAUGAGCUUGAAGUCAUAUCAGCUCAAGUUAUCGGCGGUCACAUUGAAAUCUUCGACGACAAACCGUUCUCCGUUUAA